CAGGGAUCUCAAAAUAUCAGAAGAUCGAUCAUUUGCGAAACUGUCGAUUCUUUUUUUUCUUCGUCUUCUCUAAAAAUCUCUGAAAGGAAGAAAAGCAGAGGUUUGAUUGAUUAAUCAGAGGGAAGAAACAAUGAAAGAAGAUGAUAUGCCAGUGACAAAUAAGAGAGAAAGCAAUUCAGAUGGGAAUUUAUUUGGGAAAGGAAAGUAUAAAUUCUGGGCAUUAGCUGCAAUUUUAUUAUUAGCAUUUUGGUCUAUGUUUACUGGUACUGUUACACUCAAAUGGUCUGCUGGUAAUCUCAAUCGUUUCUCUGACGAUCUUCUUGAUUCUCCCAUCCACGAUGAUCUCGAUGUUCUGGAAAUUGAAGAGAGGGAGAAAGUAGUGAAACAUAUGUGGGAUAUAUAUACACACAGUAGGAGGAUUAGAUUGCCUAGAUUUUGGCAAGAAGCAUUUGAAGCUGCAUAUGAAGAUAUGGCUAGUGAUGUACCUGAUGUUAGAGAAUCAGCUGUAUCUGAAAUUGCUAAAAUGUCUAUUAGAUCUAUUGAUCUUGAACCACCUCCUUCAAGCCAAUCCAGGGAUGUCCAGAGAAUGAGCAAGCUCUCCAAGGAAGUUGAAGAAGGGAAGGAGAAGUUGGUGUCGGUUGGGGGAAGUUGACAGGUGCAAGAAUGUUCGAGGACCCCCACCCCUACAUUUACAAAUUUUGUCUUAUGUAUAUUUUUUGCUACCAUUAGGAUAGCUCAUUUACCACGUGAAAGACUACUACGACGUUGGUGAUAAGCUCUAGUAUGCACAAUAUUUUUACUAGUGAGCAUUACAGAGAGCUAUAUAGAGUAGGUCUAAGAGUUUUCAUUACUUGCUUCUCUCUUAUCAUGUUACCCUCUUCUGUGCCUACUUUCUCAAACUGGUUUGGAUGGAAUUCAAUUCAACGGUGACACACUUUGCCAAGUUAAACCAUAUCAUUAUAAAUCUUGCUGCAAGAAGUUCCUUCUGGCGAAACGUGAAAUGAAUUUAUGUUUGAUGUUUGCUUUAAGAAGAAGAGAACGAAUUUA